AUGGACGACCAGCGGGACUCCUACGUCAAGUGGAGAGAGUGCGAUAAGCUGCCCGAUACCCCACAGGUGGUUCUGGAGCUGGAUGGCUGCCCGACCGUCUGGACGGAGCCGGAGAUUCAAGACUAUUUCUUGUCCCAUCUUCGGAGGCUUAUGAGUGAUGAAUCUAAUGACCGCGACGAUCAGAAUGAGAGCGAUAGCUCAAACGACAUCAACCAACCAUGCUGGCUGCGCUGGUCCCCUCUGCCAAUCGACCCUGCCCUGGAUGACUUCAUCCUCUUACACCAUGAUCCAGAUAGCAAGAUUCUCCAGAGAAUUGGUGUUGAGAAGCAGCCCAUAUACGAACCGAGCCGAAGUCUUCAUAUGUUUCCGAAUGAGCCACAUUCGUCCUGGACAAGGGAGGCGAAGGAGACUCAUGAUCGCCAUACGGUCACCCACAGACUGUCCAUUCCUGGUGCCUGGAAGAAGCUGUUACAGCCAGGUCACAGCUACGACUUGCUUUGGACAGGUAAAGAAGUUGCCCACUGGGGCUGGGGCAAACCGCCGCAGGUAGGAAAAGAGGCUUCCGAGCCCAAGAGGCCACCGGUCCUGAUUCCGGGAGGUGCGCACUUCACCUUCACGGUGGUAGAAGCGCUGCCACCUCCCAUUCCACACCCUGCUACACCACCGCCUUUCCAGGCGUGUGAGAGAGUUCCAGGGGCACCUGUCCUCAGCCUUGACAUGAGCUGUAGUCCAACAAUGACUCUGAAUGGGCGACUGAGGAUCCAUAUCAGACUCACUUAUCACGGUCUCUCAGACAGUAGUGGUACUACGACAACAGGCAAAGAAGAACCAAGACCGAUUACAUUCCACACCUAUGCAUUUAGCCCGGUAGAUGGCGCAUUCCGCGUCUAUCGCCGUACCGGUCCAGAUCAGCCGAGCUCGGAGAUAGAGGAGAAAUGGGAGUCAUUCUACGGCAAUGGCUGUCGAUGGGGGCUCUGGGGCGAUCCCGACCAGCCGAUAAAUGUCUCCCAGAAUCUAGGCACCCGAUUCCAAACCCUCUUUCCCGGCGCAUGCUGGACGAACUUCUGGACUAUGGAAGCGGACGGAGACGGGCUACCCGAGGAUCCUCAAUUCGGCGAGAAGUUCCGAUACCAGUUCAAGGGAAAUACGUUGGACUGGUGGGAUUGGGGAACAGCUGAGGACCAUGCAGAGACGGUUGUCACAAUACCUGCCGCGGGGGUGGACCUAUUGUCGAUCCAGAGGACAAUGGAGGCCGGCCAAAGGUGGUUGUACCCGCGUCGAAUAUUGUGGAGUGGGUGA